CGGGUCACAAACUGUUUACAACGAUGAUUGCGGGCAGCUAAUGCUAACCACAGAAGGAGAAAGCGGCGGUUAUAGCUUUCUUUACUAACAUUUCGCUACGGUUUCGCUACAAAUGGCUUCUCAAAUCCCCAUUACCGUCAGGACCCAGCCGACGGCCGCUCUCCGGGGGAAGAAACGUCCCGGUAGUCCGGCGGUGACCGGGGCUCCGCAGCCCGCCGGGAGCAACAAGAAGAAGAAGCCGGCAGCGACACCGACAACACAGACCCAGGUGUUUCAUCAGGUAGCAGCAGUGGAGACGGUGGCUGAGGUAAAGCCGAUGGGAUCAGCUGACGGUGGUCCAAACACCACCACAGAGUCCACGGUGAAGCCUCCACCAUUCAAAGACCACACAUUCAUGCACUCUGGCAUUGGUGGAGCAGCAGCAGGCAAAAAGAACAGGACCUGGAAGAAUCUCAAACAGAUUCUGGCUCUGGAGCGGACUUUACCCUGGAAGCUCAACGAUCCCAACUAUUACAACAUUGAUGCUCCUCCCUCCCUGAAACCAGCCAAAAAGUACUCAGACAUCUCUGGACUGCCUGCCAACUACACAGACCCUCAGACGAAGCUACGCUUCACAUCUUCUGAGGAGUUCUCUUACAUCCGUCUCCUCCCCACCGAUGUUGUCACCGGCUACCUGGCCCUUCGCAAGGCAACAUGCAUCGUACCCUGACAGCUGAGUGAGGGCUGGAAACCUGAAACACACCAGAACUGAACUCAAGUCAGUGCAGGAGGCUGUUGGGUCGACCGGGACAGAGCUGAGAGCUCAACCCAGAUCUGGAGGGAAAACCGCUGGAGCUCAAAUAUUGCUAAACAUUUUCUCUGCUGAUACUGAACCCCAAGCAGUUUCUAGGUGGUUUAUACUCACUUUGGACUCAUUUUUCACUGCAAUAUAAAGUCCUGCACCACUAUGGAAACAACACAACCAUGGCUAAAAGUAGAGAGAACUCAGAAGUGUGUAUCAUGCAGUAUAAAACUGUAACAUCAUAAAUUAAAAAGUUUAAUUUUUUUGGAUUAUUUAACAAAAAUGUAAAAAUAAAUCAAUUAAUGCAUCAUAUUUCUAGGUUCCCAGAGGUGUUACAGACACGGGAAAAAAUGUGACUCUACAUACCACUACUAUUUUACUAUUUACAGUUUUAACUUUUUCCCGCUCUUGUCUUCAAUGUGUAAACAUAUUUUGCUGUUCAGCCAAAAAGUCCUCUAAUUUUUGUCACGUAACCGUCGGUUGCAGCGUUAUAAGUGCACACAGUGAAUGAAAAUAAAACUGGAGGAAAAACACCCAGAAAGUACUCAGAGGCUGAAGAUGUUAAAUGUGUAAAAGAGCUGUUUCUUAUGGCAGAACUUAACUGAUCUUAUGGAGGAGAAACGUUGCUGUCGGAAGGAAUUUGUUAUUUUUUCUUUGAUUAAGGUGCCUAUUAAAGUAGCUUGUAUUUUGCAAUAAAGUCUCUUUUUUCUCA